AUAAAAUUACUAUUGAUACUAAUACUGAUAAUAAUUUUUAUUAUAAAAAAACUGUUGAAGAAGUAAUUAAUGGUGGUAAUAUAGAUGAAAUCAUUGUAAAAUAUGCAACUAAAUAUAUUAAAUGG